AUGAAGCCAAAUAUAAGGAAGGACGUUGAACACAUAAAAAUUUCAGCUCCAAUUUUGGAUACCACUGUAACUUCAAAGUAUAUGGAUUUUUCAUCAAUGCCGUUUAGCCAGUCGACAAAUAAUAACAAAAAGUUUAACAACGAGGAAUCAAUUCCCAGAAUACGUGUUGGUCCUGAGGGAAGUAACAAGGCAGGUGAUACUCCCACAAUAAAUGUGCGUGAGGACCAACAUACAGUGGAGAAGCAGCUGAAAACACCCACAGAGGAAUCUGAAAAUGGCAUCGAAAAAUUUCAGCAUCUACUGGUGGGUAAGAUAAAGUUAGAAAGAAGCAAUACCGUAAGCUCACACAAACAAGCUAGUGGAAAGAAAAUAGAAAUUAUAAGGGUUGACCAAAAGAACAUUCCUCUAAGAAACGCUCGUAUUAUGAGGAGGGAUAAAACAAACAAGGUUGCCGAAGAUCACAUAAUGAAUGCUCCGAAGACGAGAAGCCUCGAUCCUAAAAGCAAGCCUCAGACAAAGAGAACUGGAAGGAACAAUUCUUCAGCUAAGAACGCUGGUCAGAACAAACAGAAUAUAAGGCUCGUCAUUUCUGAUGGUUAUUCACGGAAUGUCGCAGAACAGGAUUCAGAGUCUGGUACCGUGGGUCCUAUAACAACAGCAAAGCCAUCACUUCAGACGGUUGCCAUAAAGCCUACCAUUUCAGAACAAUCUACAGAUCCAGGAAUACAUCAAAACUCCUCGCUGAAAGUAGAAAGCCAGAUUAAUCAUGAUCAAAUAGAUAUUGCUCAGGAAAACACUGCACAUUCAAAUGCACUUGAAGAAAAGAAUGACGAGAAAUCAACAUCAGAAAAAGAACCUAUUGAUAUUCCUAAGGCCGAUGCUCAUCUGGUGCAUGAAAAGACAAAGAUUGAAAAGGGGCAAUCAAGAGAUGAUCAAAUAAAUGAUCACAUCAUAAGAGUCGCAGAUAGCGAGCUUAACCAAGAAGCAAAUGUGGAGAAGCAGUUUCAAGAAAUGCGAAUUCAACAAGAAAAGAAUGCUCCACUCGAGACAAUACAGUCUGACGAUGAAAUUGAUCUGGAAUCAAUGAACGUUGACCAACCGGGGACUGACCAAGAAAUUAUACAUGACUUGAAAGACCCAAGUUCAUCCUUGCACGCAUUAUUUUCUUCUAAAAACAUACCAAUUGAUGAUCCAAACUAUCCAGUUGCGAGACUUGCACAUCUGAAAGAGGUGGCCCUUAAGUUGUAUGAUUCAACAUUUGAGGACGUUGAACCAAAGGACUAUCUUACAUUUUUAGGAGGUGGAAUGAAUAAAGGUGAUAAUGCUCCUCUGGAUUCCGAUAUUGUGCGAAUGUUCUAUAUGUCAAAGUUUCGCUGGAAUUAUAAUAUGUUGUCAUCUCUACGUAUUCUCUGCGAUAAGCUUUUUUUCAAAGGUGAAUCUCAAUAUAUUGAUAGAAUUAUUGACUCAUUUUCGAAAAGUUGGUUCGAAGUGUUCGGCAUAUGCAAUAGGAAAACAUUAUUUGGAAGCCCUAAUGGCGUCUAUUUGGUGGCAUACUCUUUAAUCAUUCUUAAUACUGACCUACAUACCAAAGGGCGUGGUAAUGAGAGGGUGAAGAGAAUUUCCAAAUCAAAAUUCGUCAAGAAUACUAUUGCAGCCAUGACGCAGGCUAAUGUUCCAUAUUCAAACACUAAACUUCUAGAGCAUGAAUUGAAAGACUUUUAUGCCAGCUUGUCAUCAAACGAGCUUCAUCUUACGGAUGCUACAAGUAUGCAGAUAGGAGCAUCAGGAAAACUUUCUAAUGGUCACGUUAUAGCAUCGGAUUCUGAGGAGAGCGUUGAGAACGAUGAAACAGUGCAGAACAGUUUAAAGCCGAGACAAUCGAUUAAUUCGUUGUUCAGCAAAGGGGAGCAUGGCAAAGCGGAUGAUCUUUCUUUAUUUUCCUCUGCUGCUAUUGUUGGAAACACACCAAGCUCUUCUUUUGGCUUUGCUAAGGCUAUUAGAGCGGAAGGUUCCAUGACAGCAUUAGACAGCAGUAGAAACUCCAUGUACUCUUUUGGGGCCGGAAGCACCUUUACUACUGGCUCCAUUAAUGCAAGUAUUCUCACAAGAUUUAGUUCUAGGAAUCCGGGCCCACUAAAUCCAGACUUUUCGCUAACAGUUGGAGAUUGCACUCCAAACGAUCCUUAUUUUGUCGAGGAAGAUGGAGAUGUAGAGCUUGAAAUGGGAGGUCCGCCUUGGAUUAAAGAGGGUAUUCAGAAGGUGGUUUUAACGCAUAGUGUCAUUCAAAGUAUGAAUACGAACAGACAGAGCUCCGUGGUUGGUUCACUAUCUUCGUUGAAUGAAUUAUUUAAACACUCAAAUCUGCGAUUUGCUGGCUUUUCUGGAGGAUCGAGAAUACCAUGGAGGGAUCAUUUCACGGUAGUUUCAGAGGGUCAACUUCGACUUUUUAGCUUUGAAAAGUCAGGCAGAAUGAACAAUUCCAGAAAUAAGGGUGACGGAAACUGGACUGAUUCUGCCAUCUGCUUAGCUUCUGUGACAUUAAACUCUUGUUAUGCUCAAUUAGUUCGUCCGAAGUCAAAACUUUACUUCCAUAUUCUCAAGCAUAUGCAGAAGAUUCAGAUAAGAACAAGGGAGGAAACAUUCUGGGUGCUCAAUUUACCGUUGAAUGAUUCGAGUACAUUCAAAAAUUACAGGAGGAUAUUCUUCUGCUCUGGAACUACACAAAAUGCUGCAGAAUUUUGUGACAGCUGCAACUUUUGGGCAGCAAGAACAUCUUCGAUACCUCCGGAAGAGACAAUUUCUUCCAUUGAAUAUGGUUGGUCUACCAAAAUGUUCCAGAUCAUGGAUGGUGUAACUUCUGGAUCAAUGGAAAGAGCAAAAGCUGAAGAUUACUUAUCAUCGGUGACGAUCCAAAAAUGGCAGCCUGUUGUGUAUGGACUCAUUGCCAGUGAAAAUUCAAUGAUAGAGCAGUUGAAUAAAUUGAAACAGUAUUAUUGCAGCCUUCAACUGACAUGUAGGAAACACCGAGAAUUAGGAAUAUUUCAAGAUAGGCUACAAAGUUUUGCCGGGGGUCCUCGAGCAAGGCCCGGCAAGAGUGGCUUAUUUGGAAGGGGCAAAAAAGCAGGAAAUACUUCAAACAAUAUCCGUAUGAUUCGGAAAAACUAUCUAAAUAGAUUGAACUAUUUUUCAAAUGAAUUGCUUAAAUUUGGAAGCUAUAUAGCCAUUAUGCAAAGUGCAAUUGUUCUUCGUCGGAAGAAAUUAGCUGAAGCAGAGGAGAGGGAUAAUAUUAUCCAAGAGGAAGAGGAAGAAGACGAUGAAGAUGAUGAUCAAAAUUUUAAGGAUAGUAGAAGUGAGCCACAGGAUGAGGCUAGGGAUAACGAAAUUUCAGCUUAA